AUGCAGCCCAAGAAGCGCUACCUGCUCGUCCUGCUCUCGUGCGCCUUCCUCGCCUACUGCUACUUCGGCGGCUACCGGUUAAAGAGCGACGGCGUCUGCGGAGAUGCCGCCACCGGCGCCGCCGUUGCCGCCGCGGCGCCGGGCGGGACGGCGAGCAACGGUUCCCUCCUGCCCACGUACGCCGAAUCGCGGCUCUCCGGCGAUUACUUCGACUACGAGAUCGAGACGUCGCCGGACUUCCGGUGGUCGGGGAUCGGCACGCACCCCGACGCGGACCCGUCGGCGCCGCACCGCCACUGCCGCAUGAGCAACUGCUUCGACUUCGGGCGGUGCCGCGGCGAGUUCAAAGUGUUCGUGUACCCCCAGGCGGACUACAUGGAGGUAGACAUCGGCCUGAACCCGGCCCCCUCCUACCAGAAAGUGCUGGACGCUAUCGUCGAGUCGCGCUACUACACGACCGACGCGCGCAAGGCGUGCCUCUUCGUGCUGGCCAUCGACACGUUGGACCGCGACCCUCUGUCCGCCGACUUCGUGCGCAACGUGCCGUCGCGGCUGCGCAAGCUCAAGCUCUGGAACGGAGGUCUCAACCACGUCAUCUUCAACCUGUACUCCGGCACCUGGCCCGACUACGCCGAGGACGACCUGGGCUUCGACCCGGGAAAGGCGAUCCUGGCCAAGGCGAGCAUGUCCGUGGCCAACCUGCGACCCGGAUUUGACGUUUCCAUCCCUCUCUUCCACAAGAACCACCCGCAGCGCGGCGGCGAGCCGGGCUCCGUUCACGCCAACAAUUUCCCUACGCGCAAGAAGUUCCUUCUCGCGUUCAAGGGCAAGCGCUACGUUCACGGCAUCGGCUCCGAGACGCGCAACGCUCUCUACCACCUGCACAACGACCGGGACAUCGUCAUGGUAACGACGUGCCGCCACGGCAAGAGCUGGCGGGAGCUUAAGGACGGCCGCUGCGAUGACGACAACGCCGACUACGAAAGGUGA